UGAGGGUCGUGUGGAGCUGCUGGGAGGAGGCAGUAUUCAGAUCUUCAAUCUCACAGAGGAGGAUGCCGGCAUUUACACCUGCAUGGCGGACAAUGCCAACGCAACCAUUGAAGCCCAGGCCCAACUCACCAUACAAGUUCCUCCCCAGUUUCUCAAGCGGCCAGACAACGUUUACGCCUACGAGUCCAUGGACAUCGUCUUUGACUGUGAGGUUUCAGGCUCCCCCGCUCCCACUGUCAAAUGGGUCAAGAAUGGAGAUGCUGUCAUCCCCAGCGACUACUUCAAAAUAAUUAAAGAGCACAACCUGCAGGUCCUGGGUCUGGUGAAGUCAGAUGAGGGCUUCUAUCAGUGCCUUGCGGAAAACGAGGCAGGAAACAUCCAGUCCAGCGCUCAGCUCAUCAUCUUGGAUCACGGCUCCGGAGGUGUAGCCGGUCCAGCGGGGCCCUCCCCCUCCGCCCCUCGAGACGUCGUGGCUUCGCUGGUCUCCACUCGCUUCAUCAAGCUGACCUGGCGCCCGCCAGCCGAACCUCACGGAGACGAGUUAACCUACUCUGUGUUCUACAGCCAGGAGGGCACCAGCAGGGAGCGGGUAGUGAAUACCAGCCGCCCCGGGGAGAUGCAGGUCACCAUCCAGAACCUCAUGCCAGACUCCAAAUAUCGCUUCAGGGUUGUGGCCCAUAACAGCAACGGGCAGGGAGAGAGCUCUGCAGCGCUCAAAGUGGCCACCCAGGCUGAAGUUCAAGUGCCCGGUCCUGCUCCGAACCUGCAGGCGGUGUCCAACACGCCCACCUCCGUCUCUCUGAGCUGGGACAAACCCAUCACUGGCAACGGAGAGAUGCUCACCUACAAGGUGUUCUACACAGACAAAAGCUUUGACAACGAACAGGACGUUGACGUUGACAUUCAGUCCUACACCAUGACAGGCCUGAAGAAGAACACAGAGUACAGUUUCCGUGUGGUGGCCAACAACAAGCACGGGCCGGGGGUCUCAACUGACGAUGUGGCCGUUCGCACUCUGUCUGAUGUACCCAGUGCUCCUCCUCAAAACCUCACCUUGGAGGUUCAGAACUCAAAGAGCAUCAUGCUUCGGUGGAACCCCCCACCCCUUAGUGACCAGAAUGGGGAGAUCACCGGCUACAAGAUCAGAUACCGGAAAGGUUCCCGUAGGAGUGAAGCAGCCGAGACCACCGGAGGCACCCAGCUGAACAAGAUCAUUGACGGUUUGGAGCGUGGGACUGAGUACUCCUUUCGGGUGUCGGCCAUUACUGUGAACGGCACAGGGCCGGCCACCGAGUGGACCACAACUGAGACGUUUGAGAGCGACCUGGAUGAAUCCCGUGUACCCGACCAGCCCAGCUCUCUCCACGUCCGGCCGCUGGUCAACAGCAUCGUGGUGAGCUGGACGCCUCCAGAAAACCAGGACAUUGUGGUGAGGGGCUACACCAUCGGCUAUGGCAUCGGUAGUCCCCAUGCCCAGACCAUCAAAGUGGACUACAAGCAGCGCUACUACACUAUCGAGAACCUCUUCCCCAGCUCCCACUAUGUCAUCACCCUGAAGGCUUACAAUAACGUGGGUGAGGGGAUCCCGGUGUACGAGAGCGCCAUCACCAGACCGCAGUCAGACCCCAUAGACCCCGAUGUUGACAUGUCUAUCAACUAUCAUGCUCCAUACACCCCAGUACCAGACCCCUCUCCCAUGAUGCCGCCUGUGGGUGUUCAGUCCUCCGUGCUGAGCCACGACACCAUCAAGGUGACCUGGGCCGACAACUCGCUGCCCAAGAACCAAAAGAUCACAGAUAACCGCUUCUACACCGUCCGCUGGAAGACCAACAUCCCUGCCAACACUAAAGUGAAG